GCGGCCGCCUGUCCCUCCCGAGAAUAAAAUAAUUCAUCCGUCGUCGGCGAUCGACCGAUCUCUCCCGUUGAAAGAAAGGCGUCACUCUCGGAGCGCGCCAGUGAAGACUACCACUACGACGACGACGACCACCACCACCACUGCGCGAUGCCCGCCGUCGCGAUGACGACGACGACGUCGUCGUUAACCCCCUCGACGAGGGCGUUUCGAUCGGUCGGAAGAAACCGCCGCGUCGUCGUCAUCCACGCCGCGGCGUCGGGGUCGAAGAACGAUCCUCCGAGAUCCUCCGAGAAGCGCGCGGGCGCGGGCUCCGGCUCCUCCUCGCCCGCGAUCGACCGCCGCCGCCGCGUCCGCCACUCCAUGCGCGUCACGCGCCUCCGCGACCUCAUCGAGAUCUCCCCCGACUUGUGGGCCCCCGCGGAGGAGGUGGAGGUGGCGGAGGACGCGGCGCUCGGCGACGGCUUGGCGCAAGCCGUCGUCUUCAAAGAGAUGCUCCUCGCGUCGAUGCACUUCCGUCUGUACUCGCAGCGCGACCUCGGCAACGGGAGGUACGCGGUUCGAUUCCUGAUGGGAUCGCCGCGGAUGGAAGGCCUGGACGACGUCCAGCGCGUCACGUCCGCCGUCUGCGACACGUGCGGUCCGCUGUGCGACGAGGGCCUCAUGUCGCUCGUCCCGGACUCGGAGUGCGGCAUGUCCGUCGCGGAGAUUCAGUUCCCGCUGCCGUUCCUCGAGACCCCGGACGAGGACGCGGUGCUCUCGCGCGCGGCCACGCCCGCGGAGCUGCGCGUCGAGCGCCUCGACGCCGUCGUCCGCGGGCUCGAGUCGCAGAUAAUCGACGAGUCCGUGGUGUGCCUCAUGGAGAAGGGCUCCGACGAUCGCUCGACGUUUUUCGGCAAGGCGCGCCUCAACAAAUAUUUCACGGGCAUGCACGCGCGGGAGGCGGACUUGCUUCACCGCGGCACGUGCACGUCGUCGUCGCCCACGCCCGGCGCGCUCGAGGCGUCGCGCGAGAUGCUGACGCGGAUGUGGGACGGCGAGGAGCACGCGGACGUGGAGCUCGUGGACGAGGUGCGCGCGCGCGUCGAGAAGCUCUUCUGCGGCGGCGCGGGUCGGAUGAUUCUGCAUCCGUCCGGCACAGACGCGGAGACGAUGCCGCUGCUGCAGGCGGUGCUCGAGUCUCGCGCGCUCGCGCGCGAGAGCUCGGAUGAAACGUCUCGUCCGGAGGCGUUUCGGGGCGAGCACGCGACGCGCGGGAACGUCGUCUCGCUCGUCGCGUGCGCCGGCGAAGUCGGCUCGGGCACGACGGAGGCGUCCAUGGGCCGGUUCUUCUCGCGGUCGUGCCCGCUCGGCGGCAACCGCGUGGAGAUGGGCCAGGAGCUCCCCGCGCUGCACGACCUCGCGGAGAUGCGCGCGGUGGAGCUCGUCGCGCGCGGCGCGGACGACCCCACGGGCGCCGCGCGCGACGACUACGACGCGUUCGUGAUUGACGAAGCCCGGAAAGCGCUCGCGGCGGAUCCGUGCGCGGUUGUGGUCCUGCACACCGUCGCCGGUUCCAAGACGGGCCUGCGGCUCCCCUCGCCGGACGUCGCGUCGCUCCUGCGCGCGGAGUACGGCGACCGCGUCGUGUCCGUGCUGGACGCGUGCCAGAUGCGGCACAACCCGACGCUCGUCCCGCGUUGGUUGGCUGAUCCCGUCGCGGGCGGUCCGGUGUUGAUGACGUCGUCGAAGUUCUUCGGCGGGCCGUCGUUCGGCUCCGGCGUCUUCUUCCCGCACGCGUCCAUCGAGCGCAUGAACGAGCUGCUCGAGGCUGAGCCGCCCGCGACGGUCGCCGCGAUGGCGGAGGCGUGCGCGAGCUACCUCACGCACCACGACAUCGGCGACGUGCUUCCGAAGCUGCACGACGCGAUGCCCCCCGGGUUUUGCAACGUCGGCGUGUUGCUUCGGUGGGCCGCGGGGCUGCACGAGAUGGAGACGCUCGAGGCGGCGACCGCGAUGCACGGCGGGAUGGAGAACACCGAGGCGACGGUGCGGUCGUGGGUCACCGCGACGCGCUCGCUCGCGACGGAGUUUGAGCCGCACCUCGAGUACGUGCCCGCGGUGGAUUACGGCGGCGACUGGCAGCUCGGCGGCGUGAACACGAUCGUGUCGGUUCGCAUUCGUAACAGCGGCGGCGGUUCGGAUUCCGGCUCCGAGUACAUGUCCACCGCGAAGCUGAAGAAAGUGUACGCGCUCAUGACCGCGGACAUCUCCGAGUUUCUCGCGCCGGAGAGCACGAUGGCGGAGCGGAGAGUCGCGUCGCAGCGGUGCCUCACGGGCCAGCCCGUGGACAUUCCCGGCGGAAGCGUGUUGCGCACCGUCCUCGGCGCGGCGCAGCUGAAAGACCUCGUGACGGGGAAGCAAGACCUCCCCACGAUGCUCGAGGACGACCGCGUGUUGUUCGCGAAGCUCGCGCUCAUCGCGCGACAGUACGACCACCUCCUGAGCCACUCGCUUUAGGGAGGCGUCGGGGAGGAUGAAAAAUUUCUGUUUGACGUCGAGGAGACGAGGAGUAAGAAAAACCUUUGGAUUUCGCACGCGGGGUCGCGAACGAACCGACGAGGAUGACGUCCAUUCCGCUGAGAUACUCGCGACGGACAUCUCGAUGCACUCGCUCGUUCGCGGGCGACCGCACGCAAUUGAUGACGACCGCAAUUGCUCACCCUGAUUUUGUUUGAUUAAUACGCGCGCGCGCAUGGUAGAGGACUGGAGUCGUCGCGGAGGCCUGCCACAUAAUACGAUAUUUGCUUCACGUUUUGUAAUCAUAUCGCACCCGCAAAGUCGCGGGAUACAUACAGUAC